AUGGAGUCCAGUCAUUCAUGUCUGUCAUCAUUAGAGGAAGAGGUGGAUCCGGUUUACGUUCAGCCGCAUUAUAAGGAGUCCUACCGCUUGGCUAUCUACGCCCUGCUCUGCGGGGGCAGGGAGGCCUACGACCACUUUCUCAAAGCUGAGCAAAUAAGUCCCUUUCUGUCCGAGGAGGAGAUCCUCUUCAUUUUGAGGAAUGCGGAGUUACCGGUAUCCCACGACGGCCCGGAGGCACAACGCGCCGCCGAGGAGGGCAGCCCUUCGACCUAUUUCCCGGCUGAGUCAGAUGAGGAGGUGCCCGACCUUGACCUGGGCUGGCCGGAGGUCACGGCGUGGAGCGCCGACACCAGCAUCAGCCUGCUGUUCAACCCUCCCCGCCAAAACACGCCCACCAUUAAAGAGGUGGUCCGUAGGCAAAUCCAAGACGCCAAGCAGGUUAUCGCCGUUGCCAUGGACGUCUUCACAGACAUCGACAUAUUCAAGGAGAUUGUCGGAGCAACUCUCAGGGGUGUGGUGGUGUACAUCCUUCUAGAUGAUUCCCAGUUCCAGAGCUUUCUGAUAAUGUCAGAGAGGUUAGGGAUUAGGAUCCAGGACUUCAAGAACAUUCGUGUUCGAACGGUGAAAGGUCAGCAGUACAGGUGCCAGUCGGGGGUGAGGUUCCAUGGCUCUUUGGAGCAGAGGUUCAUACUGGUGGACUGCAAAACUGUCAUAUAUGGUACAUACAGCUUCAUGUGGUCCUUUGAGAAGAUCAACCUCAGUAUGGUGCUGGUUAUCACUGGAGAGCUGGUGGGCUCUUAUGAUGAGGAGUUUCGCCUACUGUUUGCCCGCUCUGCCAUACCUGACGCCCUGACCAGGGAGAGAGCAUCUGGACAACUUCUGAGAGAUGCCUUGUCUCCGCGUAGUCCUCAUUCCAGCCAGCUUUCCAUCCGUCAGAUUCACAUGAGGUCCAGAGUGACUCAUGGUUUGAGAAGCACCAAGGAUGAGGGAACCAUCAAUGGUGCUUCUUUAACCAGGGGCCAGAGCAUGCAGGAAAGGCUCCAUCUAUCCCACCACCCUGACGAAGGCAACCUGGUGAGAGUACACAGUUAUGCUGGCGAGCUACAAAGGUUUAACUCAUCGACUCAGCUGAGGAUGGUGCCGAGGAAUGGCAGGAUUCCUGGGGCUCGUGAGAGCAAUGGGUCCAACCUUUGGCUGGGUGACGAUCAGCAGCCAACAGGUAGAGCAGCUCAAUUCCACCACAGGCACAGGUCUCGCUAUGGUGCUGACCAGCACCUGAUCCCAUUCAAUUCUGAGACCUCCCUCCACCGGUGGAAGAUGGACUCAUACUUUAGUAAUAACUUGCCUUAUGACAUGUCAUCACCACAUAACAGUCAGUUCAGCUUAAAUGAGAAUCAGUCACAGCUGAUACCGGGUAGGUUAAGGGAUAUUAAGUCCAAGUUGGAGGAAAUUAGGCUGAAGAGACACAGUCUGCAGGGAUGCAUUGAUCCAAGGCAGAGCCAGGAGGCUUUAAAGUCUGCUUUUUCAACUCUAGAUCGAUGUAAAGAACAGUCAUCACUACGAGCUCUGGAAAUGAGGGAAGCUAUUGCAGAAUUAGAGCAAGACAGAGGUCUCCAGUACAGCUAUACCUUAGAGCCAACCUAUCACAGAGCUAGAGGAACUCCUAAACUGAGACAUGAGCUGGUAGAAGACAGCGUUGACAAAGAGAAUGAAAGACAACCACCACCCACACAAAUAGUUCUAAGUAAUAGAUAUCGGCCUUCAUCUCACUAUGACAUGAAAACAGCAUUAGAGAGGAAGACUUUACAGACAUACGACUUUCACGAAUCUCUUGCCAGGACACCUUCAGCUGCUGAGCUGGAUGUGAAACUGAAGGAGCCAUCGCUCAUGCGGCCUGGUGGUACACAGCACUCAAGAGCUAUGGGGUCUUUGCUUGAAAUCCCAGAGGAGAAGGAUGUAAUAAUGCAAGAAAAUUCUGGCUCAGCAACCAAGUUAGCUCACAUUUCAGGUUUAACUGCCCUCAAAGACAUGAAGGAAAAAGUUCCAAAAGAGAGGCGAAAUCUCUCCAGAAAAAGCACUCACUGA